AUGGUAUCUGAAUACUUUAAUGGUAAAGAACUAAACAAGUCCAUUAACCAUGACAAGGUCAUCGCUUAUGGUGCUGCCGUUUAUGCUACAAAAAUAUCUGAUGACACUUCCGCAGCUCCAUUAGAUGACCCUCCACCAACUACUGCAGAUGCGCAUCCUAGAAGUGUACUAGUUGCUGUUAUAGAAUCAGACGGCAAAAUUCUAGAAAAUGAACCAGAACCGCUUCUAGGUUGCGCAAUGGCAACAGUUGCAUUUUUUCCACCUAAUUGA